GGGCCUUCAAACUUGUUGCCAUAACAUUUACUUUCAUAUAGUCUAGUAUACUAAUUAAAAUCACGGCCUAUAAAAGAAGAAAUCUGAUAUCAAUGUUGCAUUACAGUUAAGUGGAAGCCGAUGUUAAGGUCACAUUUGAUUGUUACUCUGACAUUAAAAUUUAGCAGUUUUAAACAAAAUGUUUCUCGCACUAAUAUUUUUAAUAUUUUUCAACUUUUUCGGUUUGCCAGGUGUUGACGGAGCGACAUGCAUUACAAAAUCUACCUGUGCGUGGACAGACUUCACUCUGCCCCUGUGUAUCAGUGGCACCUGUAAAUGCUUUAACUCGAGUUUCGUUCCCAUUCGAUCUGGAUGUGGAUUGCAGAUGACACACAGGCCAGUGGUGAGUGCUCAGCAAGGCAAAACCAAUCAAGUCAUAUCAGGUCAAAGUUUUGAGCUGUCCUGUUAUUUUGAUAAAUAUAAUGAUUAUUAUACCUUCGAGUGGUAUCUGGGAGAGACCAAACUAAGUACAAGGUCUAACACAUACACAGCUGUAGCAGAUGAAAAUACUGUUGGCUCGUUUACUUGCAGAGUAAGAACAUCGGCUAGACUUCUGACCUCACCUUUAAGUUAUUUCUUUGAAGUGGUCAAGUUGGGUGGAGCAAGUGGACAGGCCACAUCCAACGAAAGACCAACAAUUUAUGUACCUACAAACUCAGCAGUUGGGGGUUCCACUGUGAUUCUCGAGUGCAACAAUAUACCAAUGGGAUACACUGACACAAUAAUUUAUACGGUCAACGGAGUAAAUACGACAUACUCUUCGGUGGUGAUCACGAGUGCUAACGCAGGCAAAUAUGUUACCUGUACCUUGACCAGCCCAUCCGCAGGCGUGACAUAUUCUAGACCAACAAGUGCUGUCGGCAAUUUGCCUAGAUUGACCACAAGCAUAUCAUCUGUUAGUGUCGUCGUUGGAAUUGGAACUUCCCAGAGACUUGUUUGCGCCCUGACACCCAGCGCCAUUUAUCUUCAGUCCUCUCCAAUCACUUACACUUGGAAGUUAAAUGGUCAAGAAAUACCGAGUGAAACCAGUGCAACAUACCUCGUAGUACAUGAUGGAGGUUAUGAAGUGUAUGAUGUUACAUGUACAGCUCAGCUAAGUGGCCAAUAAGCGGUCUCUUCACGUAAUAGAUUUAGAGUGAGUGCCUAUAAUACAGUACCAACAGCAAGUACAUCUAAACCAUUAAAAGGUGGUCGUGUCAUAAUUACUUGCGGAGACUUAUUUCUCCUGGAGACAGUCAAGUAUGUUUGGUUGAAGGAUUCUGCAUUAAUAGAGCGACAGUUUGACCGCAAGCUUCAAUUGGACAACGUCAAUACAACAGACAGCGGCAUCUAUUCGUGUGGUAUAGAUGCCAGUGAUUUGGGGCCUUUUUUUAAGGGCGUAAAAGUUGAAGUGCAAACUACAAUUCCCAAACCGACUAUCCGGACCAUUGGGGAAUCUGGUUGCGAUUCAAGGGUUGGGGAAUAUGGUAACUAUUGGCUUGUUUGCUAUACUGAAUCAGAUACAGAUGGAAUGACUUAUCAGUGGACAGUUAAUGGCUCAAGCUCUUCCGUGUCGAAAAAAUUUUUCAUGCUUACAUCUGUGACUAGCAGUGACAAUGGAGAGUAUGUGUGUACGGCUAAGUACAAAGGUUUGGUUAGUGAAGCAAGUGAUUCCCUAAAAGUCACUGUCAUAAAACCUGGCAGACAUUGUUAUCAAGACAGCAACUGUGUUUUACCUUGGAAGGGAUACACAGGGAAAUGUGACGUCAAUGAAAGGUGUGAAUGUUCUGAUGGUUACUCACAGAAGGGGGAGGUAUGCUCAGGUGUGAUGUCAAACAUCGGCUCCACAGUCAUCAUAGUUCUGGCACUUAUUCAAAGACUGGUGUAGAACGUGAUUGAAGAUAAAUAAAAGUAUUAUAGAAUUUCUUUUAUCUACAUUUUAUUGUACUUCUCUUUAGGGCCGGCUUUAGGUAAUUGGAGGCCCUAGUCAAAGUGAAUUAGUUGUCCCCAAAUAAAAUAGAAAAAAUAAAAUAAACAUCAUACAAACAAAAUAACCCAAUUACAAUUCUUUCGUUACCACUAUAAAUGCUGACGAGUUACGAAAUUAAAUACAACACCUGAAGCAUACCCUGCUUUUCCUUUGCGAUUAGAUACACCAGACUCAAAGUGACGUUUUCAUAUAUAUACCAAUAGGAAGCAACAAUGUGCGACAUUGGUCUAAUUAAAAUAUAUUAUUAUUCACCCCGAGCUAUUGUAGGUACCAGGGCCGGUCUUUGGCCACUGCAACCUAUGCGGCCGCAGUGGGCUCCGCACUUUCAUAGACCCCGCGCUAAUUUUAAAGUAUUAAAUUAAACCAUUAUAACUUAUAUUACAUAUUAUAUUUCCCGCGGCCUCCUGAUUUUCCACUGGCUCAUGGAAAUCUCCUGAAAUCAUAUAAAUCUCCUGAUAAUACACAAAAUUGUCAGAAUUUUGAUGAUAUACUGCAUGACUGCGCUACACGCAAGACUCGUAAAGUUAAUUUGAUCGUGAGAUUGUACUUAGUAAAGAAUAAAUAAAUGCAAAGACGAAUUUAUUUUCUAAUACAAAAUCUUAAUUUUCAAUUAUUAUCAUUAUUCCUACCCAGACUGGGCCCCUUGAAAUCCGUUUCGCAUAGGGCCCUGCAAUUGUUAGGACCGACCCUGGUAGGUACCUCGAGCUAGGAUAGUAGACAUAUCUCUGAUAUGAUUGAGAUUUGAUACAGGUUUCACAACUUUUUCUAAAAAAUUGUUCAUGUGCAAGGCCUUCACCAAUUGGAGGCCCUAGAAGUUUACCUAAGCUUAAGGUCGGCCCAGCUCUUUGAUGUCGUAUAUUAUUAUUAUAGUUAUUAUUAGUAUUAUUAUUAUUAUCAUUCUCAUUAUAUACUUGUAUACUUGAAUUACCGACUUUUAGAAAAAUGAUUUUAUAAGGAAUGCUGCUACAAAUGUUAUUAUACGAAUAUUUUUAUUGUUGUACGUAAACUAAAUUACUGACCGAUAAUGGACAAUUAUUACUAAUUUUAAAGCUAGAUCUAUCUACGCGUGUUUUAUGCUUAAUUUGUGAGACUGAAAUAUUAUGACUGGGGUAAAAAGUGAGUCCUAUCAUCUAAGAUGUCAAAAUCAAUUUUUUUUCUUUCUGUGAUAUUUUGAUUUUGAUAUUUAUAUCUUAAAGCAAAGAUAACUUCACUGACCUAGAUCUAGCUCAUAUCUCAACCAGGCUAUUUUGAGCAGUUUUCAACACAAUGUGAGAGGAACUGAGUAGUUAAACUCUGGACUGUAGUUACCCCAAGGUUACGAAUUGGUUGGAGACACUGUACAUUUAUUCACCUUUCUACGUGGACAGGACUUUAAAAAAAAGUUCAACUUAGCCAAGAAAAGUAAAUGUGGUUGGAGGUUGUGCUAGACAGACACCUUAGAAUGCAGGCGGCUUAAUAUUUUUUUAUGCAGACUGCAGCAUUGAAAAAUUAAUAAUUUAUAUAGAUUAUGGUUGCAACGGAUAGUAUCUCCAGCUACAGUCUAUUCUCCAGACAUGUAGGUACGGUAUCCGGCUUCGGCCGAAUAUCUUAUUUUACUAUCCAGCAAAAUCCAGCUCCGGUCGGAUCUCAAAAAAUGCUAUCCUAUGCAUCAUCAAAUAUAGAUAUAUAUAUUUUUUGAUGUUUAUUAAU